AUGACUGCUACAGACCCUUAUACAGUGAGAUGCUUUCAACACUGUGACAGAACUCAGAAUAUUCUAUGUUUUUCCAUUCCCCUGAUCUGCCCGCUGUGUGGUAGAAGCACCACAGAAACUGAAAGUCGAAUACCACCAUAUGUUUUGCCAUCUCCAUUUGUACAAGCACAGAAGCAUCCAUUUGCUAUCAUCAUUAAACCAACUCUAGGGACAUUUCUGCAAAAUUACACAGAUGCAUCAAAUCUACAUAUAGGAUUGACAGAUUCCCAAGGUGUAACAUUUGAUUACGAUGAGGAGGGUGUUAACAUUAAUGCACCUGGCUGGGACCAAUGUGUUUCCAUAGAGAUGAUACAAACGUCAGGUGAUUUCUCAUCAGAAUGGGAUCUAACCUUACGAAGACUGAGUAAAAGUGACCUCUGGACGAAGUACAGAUACCAUGAGGAUGAGUACAACUGCUUUGACUUUGUGAUACAGUUUUUGUGGAAAGUUCGGCUACACCAUGUCAAUCCUGCUCUGAGGAGUAAGUCAGCGUUGUGUCAGGAACUUGUCGUUCAACAAACAAGACGUGCAGGACAAUAUAUCUCAAUUUAUAGACACAUUCAUUCUCACGGAUAUCUCUGUCAAAUGGUUAAAUGAGUCCUAGACUUGUACCAAUCUAGCAUCUUCAAUGUUACAAAAGGCAGCAACACAAAUUAUUUCAAACCUUGGCCUCCCUUGCACCAUAUCAUCCUCAUCAUCAUCAAGAAGGCUGGAUACCUGUAGGAAUUCAACCUGUCAGCCUUAACAUGUCCAAUACAACACAACCAGCCACACGUCAAGGUUUGAGGAUGAUACAUACAUGACUUAACUUCACGUUAAUCUGGUCAGCUCGUAAAUGGUGUAACUAGGAUUAGACAGCAUUCAUUUCCCAGUGUAACCAUCACUGCCUCUCCGAACCUCCAUAUAACCCAAAAUUUUAAACAUACAGCAUAUCUCUUUAUACAGAGGUCCUAGUAAAGAGGAAGAGUUAUCUCCCUUCCCAGAUAUACUGUACCCAUAUUGUUGCGAGUAACAUGUAUUAUAGUAUUGAAGGGUUGAAUCUCCUUCUUCCAUGAACAUGGAGAAGAAUUUUAUUAGAAAUUGUCAAUUUCAGAUGAGUCUACCUGUGUUUUUUUCUGUGGUUACCUGUAAA